AGGCCCCGGAAUGCCCAGAGCCUGCCACAGAAGCCCCGGAAUGCCCAGAGCCUGCCACAGAGGCCCCAGAACGCCCAGAACCUGCCACAGAGGCCCCAGAACAUUGUGAGGCUGCCACGGAGGCCCCGGAAUGCCCAGAGCCUGCCACGGAGGGCCCAGAACAUUCUGAGCCUGCCACAGAGGCCCCGGAAUGCCCAGAGCCUGCCACAGAGGCCCCAGAACACCCAGAACUUGCCACAGAGGCCCCGGAAUAUUGUGAACCUGCCACGGAGGCCCCGGAACAUUGUGAGCCUGCCAGGGAGGCUCCGGAAUGCCCAGAGCCUACCAUGGAGGCCCCGGAACAUUCUGAACCUGCCACAGAGGCCCCGGAAUGCCCAGAGCCUGCCACGGAAGCCCCGGAAUGCCCAGAGCCUGUCACGGAGGCCUCUGAACACCCAGAGCCUGCCACGGGGGCCCCGGAAUGCCCAGAGCCUGCCACAAAGGCCCUGGAAUGCCCAGAGCCUGCCAUGUGGGUCCCAGAAUGCCCAGAGCCUCUCACAAAGGCCCUGGAAUGCCCAGAGCCUGCCACAGGGGUCCCGGAGUAUUCUGAGCCUGCCACGGAAGCUCCGGAAUGCCCAGAGCCUGCCACGGAGGCCCCAGAAUACCCAGAGCCUGCAACAGAAGCCUCAGAAUAUUCUGAGCCUGUCACAGAGGCCCCAGAAUGCCCAGAACCUGCCACGGAGGCCCCAGAAUAUUCUGAGCCUGCCACAGAAGCCCCGGAAUGCCCAGAGCCUGCCACGGAGGCCCCAGAACACCCAGAGCCUGCCACGGAGGCCCCAGAAUGCCCAGAACCUGCCACAGAGGCCCCAGAAUGCCCAGAGCCUGCCACAGAGGCCCCAGAACACCCAGAACCUGCAACGGAGGCCCCAGAAUGCCCAGAACCUGCCACAGGGGCCCCAGAACAUUCUGAGCCUGCCACAGAGGCCCCAGAAUGCCCAGAGCCUGCCAC